GAUUCUUAGUGAGGCUAAUCCCGAAGCAGCAGCACAUUCCAAGGGCUAAUCUGCCCAAGUUCAAUGCUUACUUGAACCGUCUCUUGGGGGAAGAGCCAGGCAAGUGAUUUUUUUUUUCCAGUGGGCGGUCAUAAAACCAUUAUUAACAGGAUGACCAGCCCCGGCCACAGCAAAAUGAAAGCAACAGGAGCCACUCUGGGGACUGCCUUUGCUACCAGCCGGAGUCAGUGCACAGGCUCAGAAAUCCUGGAUAGAAAGAGCAUUUUAUAAAAGAGAAUGUGUUCACAUCAUACCCAGCACCAAAGACCCCCAUAGGUGUUGCUGUGGGCGUCUGAUAGGCCAGCAUGUCGGACUCACUCCCAGUAUCUCUGUGCUUCAGAAUGAGAAAAAUGAAAGUCGACUCUCCCGAAAUGACAUCCAGUCUGAGAAGUGGUCUAUCAGCAAGCACACUCAGCUCAGCCCAACCGACGCAUUUGGGACCAUUGAGUUCCAAGGAGGUGGCCACUCCAACAAAGCCAUGUAUGUGCGAGUAUCUUUUGAUACGAAACCUGAUCUCCUGUUACACCUGAUGACCAAGGAAUGGCAGUUGGAGCUUCCCAAGCUUCUCAUCUCAGUCCACGGCGGCCUGCAGAACUUUGAACUCCAGCCCAAACUCAAGCAAGUCUUUGGGAAGGGGCUCAUCAAAGCGGCAAUGACAACUGGAGCAUGGAUAUUCACCGGAGGGGUGAACACAGGUGUCAUCCGCCAUGUUGGAGAUGCCUUGAAGGACCAUGCUUCAAAGUCCCGAGGGAAGAUCUGCACCAUCGGUAUCGCCCCCUGGGGGAUUGUGGAAAACCAAGAGGAUCUGAUUGGAAGAGAUGUCGUCCGGCCAUACCAGACCAUGUCAAACCCCAUGAGCAAGCUCACUGUUCUCAACAGCAUGCACUCCCACUUCAUCCUGGCCGACAAUGGGACCACAGGAAAAUACGGAGCAGAGGUGAAACUCCGGAGACAACUGGAAAAGCAUAUUUCACUCCAGAAGAUAAACACGAGAAUCGGUCAAGGAGUCCCAGUGGUGGCGCUCAUUGUGGAAGGAGGACCCAAUGUGAUUUCCAUUGUUCUGGAGUACCUGCGAGACACGCCUCCUGUGCCGGUGGUUGUCUGUGAUGGCAGUGGACGGGCAUCCGACAUCCUGGCAUUUGGGCAUAAAUAUUCAGAAGAAGGCGGGCUUAUAAAUGAAUCUCUGAGGGACCAGCUCUUGGUGACGAUCCAGAAGACCUUCACGUACACCCGAACCCAGGCCCAGCAUUUGUUCAUCAUCCUGAUGGAGUGCAUGAAGAAGAAGGAGUUGAUCACGGUAUUUCGGAUGGGAUCAGAAGGACACCAGGACAUUGACUUAGCCAUCCUGACUGCCUUACUCAAAGGAGCCAACGCCUCCGCCCCGGACCAGCUGAGCUUAGCUCUAGCCUGGAACAGAGUGGACAUCGCCCGCAGCCAGAUCUUUAUCUAUGGGCAACAGUGGCCGGUGGGGUCUCUGGAGCAAGCCAUGCUGGAUGCCCUCGUGUUGGACAGAGUGGACUUUGUGAAAUUGCUCAUAGAGAAUGGAGUAAGCAUGCACCGUUUUCUCACCAUCUCCAGGCUAGAGGAGCUGUACAACACGAGACACGGGCCCUCAAACACAUUGUACCACUUGGUCAGGGAUGUCAAAAAGGGGAACCUGCCGCCAGACUACAGAAUCAGCCUGAUUGACAUCGGCCUGGUGAUCGAGUACCUGAUGGGCGGGGCCUACCGCUGCAACUACACCCGCAAGCGCUUCCGGACCCUGUACCACAACCUCUUCGGGCCCAAGAGGCCCAAAGCCUUGAAGCUUCUGGGAAUGGAGGAUGAUAUUCCCUUGAGGCGAGGGAGAAAGACAACCAAGAAGCGUGAAGAAGAAGUGGACAUAGACUUGGACGACCCUGAGAUCAACCAUUUUCCUUUCCCCUUCCACGAGCUGAUGGUGUGGGCCGUCCUCAUGAAGAGGCAGAAGAUGGCGCUGUUCUUCUGGCAGCAUGGCGAGGAGGCCAUGGCCAAGGCCUUGGUGGCCUGCAAGCUUUGCAAAGCCAUGGCUCAUGAGGCCUCUGAGAACGACAUGGUUGAUGACAUUUCCCAGGAACUGAACCACAACUCAAGGGACUUUGGCCAGUUGGCCGUGGAGCUCUUGGACCAAUCCUAUAAGCAGGAUGAGCAGUUGGCCAUGAAGCUGCUGACAUAUGAGUUGAAGAACUGGAGCAAUGCCACGUGCCUGCAGCUGGCUGUGGCAGCCAAGCACCGAGACUUCAUUGCACACACCUGCAGCCAGAUGCUGCUCACUGACAUGUGGAUGGGUCGGCUGCGCAUGCGCAAGAACUCAGGCCUCAAGGUAAUUCUGGGAAUUCUACUUCCUCCUUCAAUUCUCAGCUUGGAGUUCAAGAACAAAGACGACAUGCCCUACAUGACUCAGGCCCAAGAAAUCCACCUACAAGAGAAGGAGCCCGAAGAACCAGAGAAGCCCACCAAGGAGAAAGAUGAAGAGGACAUGGAACUGACAGCAAUGCUGGGACGGAACAAUGGGGAGUCCUCCAGGAAAAAGGAUGAAGAGGAGGUUCAGAGCAGGCACCGCCUAAUCCCCCUGGGUAGAAAAAUCUAUGAAUUCUACAAUGCACCUAUCGUCAAGUUCUGGUUCUACACCCUGGCGUACAUCGGCUACCUGAUGCUCUUCAACUACAUCGUGCUGGUGAAGAUGGAGCGCUGGCCUUCUACACAGGAAUGGAUCGUCAUCUCCUACAUUUUCACCCUGGGGAUAGAAAAGAUGAGAGAGAUCCUGAUGUCAGAGCCCGGCAAGCUACUGCAGAAAGUGAAGGUGUGGCUGCAGGAGUACUGGAACGUCACCGACCUCAUAGCCAUCCUUCUGUUCUCGGUUGGAAUGAUCCUCCGCCUUCAGGACCAGCCCUUCAGGAGUGACGGGAGAGUCAUCUAUUGUGUGAACAUCAUUUAUUGGUACAUCCGCUUACUAGACAUCUUCGGCGUGAACAAGUAUCUGGGCCCGUAUGUAAUGAUGAUUGGAAAAAUGAUGAUAGACAUGAUGUACUUUGUCAUCAUCAUGCUGGUGGUACUGAUGAGCUUCGGGGUGGCCAGGCAAGCCAUCCUCUUCCCCAAUGAGGAGCCGUCAUGGAAACUGGCCAAAAACAUCUUCUACAUGCCCUACUGGAUGAUUUAUGGGGAAGUGUUUGCGGACCAGAUAGACCCUCCCUGUGGACAAAACGAGACCCGGGAGGAUGGUAAGAUCAUCCAGCUGCCUCCCUGCAAGACAGGAGCUUGGAUUGUCCCGGCCAUCAUGGCCUGCUACCUCUUAGUGGCAAACAUCCUGCUGGUCAACCUCCUCAUUGCCGUCUUCAACAAUACAUUUUUUGAGGUAAAGUCGAUAUCCAACCAAGUGUGGAAGUUUCAGAGGUAUCAGCUGAUCAUGACUUUCCAUGAAAGGCCUGUCCUGCCCCCACCGCUGAUCAUCUUCAGCCACAUGACCAUGAUUUUCCAGCACCUGUGCUGCCGCUGGAGAAAACAUGAGAGUGACCCGGAUGAGAGGGACUAUGGCCUGAAACUCUUCAUAACUGAUGAUGAACUCAAAAAAGUACACGAUUUCGAAGAACAAUGUAUAGAAGAAUAUUUCAGAGAAAAGGAUGAUCGAUUCAACUCAUCCAACGAUGAGAGGAUCCGUGUGACUUCCGAAAGAGUGGAGAACAUGUCCAUGCGGCUGGAGGAAGUCAACGAGAGAGAGCACUCCAUGAAGGCCUCGCUCCAGACCGUGGACAUCCGGCUGGCACAGCUCGAGGACCUCAUCGGACGCAUGGCCACAGCUCUGGAGCGCCUGACGGGCCUGGAGCGCGCCGAGUCCAACAAAAUCCGCUCCAGGACCUCCUCGGACUGCACAGACGCCGCCUACAUUGUCCGCCAGAGCAGCUUCAACAGCCAGGAGGGGAACACCUUCAAGCUCCAAGAGAGUAUAGACCCUGCAGGUGAGGAGACCUUGUCCCCAACUUCUCCAACCUUAAUGCCCCGUAUGCGAAGCCACUCGUUCUAUUCAGUCAAUAUGAAAGACAAAGGUGGUAUAGAAAAGUUGGAGAGUAUUUUUAAAGAAAGGUCCCUAAGCCUACACCGGGCUACUAGUUCCCACUCAGUAGCAAAAGAAUCCAAAGCUCCUGCAGCACCUACAAACACCUUGGCCAUUGUUCCGGAUUCCAGAAGGCCAUCUUCAUGCAUUGACAUCUAUGUCUCCACCAUGGAUGAGCUCCACUGUGAUAUCGACCCCCUGGACAAUUCCAUGAACAUCCUUGGGCUGGGCGAGCCAAGCUUCUCGACGCUGGCACCUUCCACAGCCCCUUCUAGCAGUGCCUACGCAACCCUCGCACCCACAGAUAGGCCUCCGAGCCGGAGCAUUGACUUCGAAGAUGUUACCUCCAUGGACACUAGAUCAUUUUCGUCAGACUACACCCACCUCCCAGAAUGCCAAAACCCCUGGGACUCAGACCCACCAACGUAUCACGCCAUUGAGCGCUCCAAGAGCAGCCGCUACCUGGCCACCACGCCCUUCCUUUUAGAAGAGGCCCCUAUUGUGAAGUCUCAUAGCUUUAUGUUUUCUCCUUCAAGGAGUUAUUAUGCCAACUUUGGGGUGCCCGUGAAAACAGCAGAAUACACAAGUAUUACAGACUGCAUUGACACAAGGUGUGUCAAUGCCCCUCAAGUGAUUGCUGACAGGGCCACCUUUCCCGGGGGGCUUGGAGACAAAGUGGAGGAUUUAUCCUGCUGCUAUCCUGAACGAGAGGCAGAACUGAGUCACCCUGGCUCUGACAGCGAGGAGAAUGAGGCCAGAGGCCGGAGAGCCACUAUCGCAAUAUCCUCACAGGAAGGGGGCAGCUCCGACAGAACCCUGACCAACAACAUCACAGUUCCGAAGAUAGAGCGCGCCAACAGCUACUCGGCAGAGGAGCCCAGCGCACCACAUGCGCACACCAGAAAGAGCCUCUCCAUCAGUGACAAACUCGACAGGCAGCGGAACACAGCAAGCCUACGAAAUCCCUUCCAGAGGAGUAAGUCCUCCAAGCCAGAGGGCCGAGGGGACAGCCUGUCCAUGAGGAGACUGUCCAGGAUGUCGGCUUUCCACAGCUUUGAAAGCAAGCACAACUAAACCUUCUUACUCUGCAUUGCAGAAGGCUUGAGAAUCCUGCCCAACAAUUUCCCCUAAACUCACACCUUUCCCCCCCACCCGCUUCCUCAAACCAUACCCACUUUAUUCUUAGCUCAGCAAAACACAUAAUGCUUUGGGAGAUAUUAACACAGUGGUGACUUUGGGGCCACAGAUCAAGAAAGUAUUUGAUCUGACCCAGUGCCAAACGAAGGGGAGUUGAGGCACGUUGGUGUUGCUGGGUAGGGAGGGGAGGACAGAGGGGGAGCAGAAGGUUAGAGAUGAAUGUGUAUCGCCAGGCUCUGCAGGAAGCCAUGAGCUGGGGCGCCAAUGGGGCUCUCUCCAUCCCAGGAGGCGUCUUGUGAUUUCCACUCAUUAUCAAGUCUUAGGUGGCAGGGCUGAAUUGCAAAAUGAGAUACAAUCGCCAGCAUACAAGAUGAGAUAUUCUAAACUUCAAUUCUGUUUUCUUUUCGCAUUGGCUCCAUCACUGGUGACUGAUGAAGAGCAUCCUUUUUAUUCAGUAUAAAGCCGGCAGCAAGCAGUUCUACCUAACGUCCCACAACCUUCUCAGGCCACCACCUCUGUAAUUGGUCAUUAUAAAGAAAAACAAGGUAACAGUCAUAGUUCGCCUGUCUCUUAUAUAUUCACUUCUGGUGCCACAAGUGUUUUAUCUUUUUUGGAGAAAAUAAGGGAACAGAAAUGCCUUUAUUGUCUUGUAAUCAAAAUGAAAGAAGAGUUGAUGUUAAAAACAAAAGUCACGUGACUUACUGUAUACAGCGGGCAUUCGAGUAUAGUCGAGCAAGCUCAGGAUGAAUGUAAUUAAAUAAUUUUAUAUUUUUAAAUUUAUUUUAUAUCUCACCUGUCAUCCGUGAAUUCACUCAUUGAGUAUGUGAGGUUGAUCUUAGAAAAGAAACCCAGUGGGUGGAAUUACCCUGAAGUUGCCAUACGGGCUGUCGCUGUCUUCUCACCAUCCAUGUCAUGUGUCCUGCUGCUGUGUGACCGCCACCAUUUUGCAUGACCCCACCAUGUCCUCUGAACAUCCCCAAGAUGUAACCCAAUUUCCCACACUCCCAUCACAUGACCAUUUUGUAUAUGAAUAUGUGAAUAUUUUCAUACCUAGAGUUUUGCCAUCUAAUCUGAGCUCAACAUAAAUUUAAUUGGAGUUUUUCAAGGGCUGGUAUCUUUUCUAUGGAAAUGCUCCAAAGUACUUUUUAAGGAAGUUUUCAAAACCAUAAAUAACCUUAGAAUUGACUGGGAAUUUGGUAUCAACCCAAAGCCAUCAGUUGCAGGCAUACCAUGAAUAUUUUUCUUACAUACAGAGCUAUUAAAAAGAAGAUACAGUAGGCCAAAAUAGAAGGCAAAUAAAUCAUAUAGAGUCCUAUAGCAUAUGCUGCUUAUAUACAUAUAUAUGCAUUUACAGAGAGACACAUGUUUAUAUAUAGUAUAUAAACAGACAUGGAGAGCUUUCCUAAGAGGCUCAUACUUUUCUAUCUCCUGGAGAUAGUGCCAUGAUUUUUUAAUAUCUAUGAAGUUCCAUUGAAAGAAUUCAUUAUAGUAUAAGACCAAAUGUUGAAUUUAUGAUUUUUAAAAUCUAUCACUUUAACUUUUCCUUGAACCAAACAAAAGUUAUCAAAAUAACUCACUACCUGUCCAUGGCACCUUUUGACCCAAAUCACUUACUGUCUAUCUCUUUUAUUCCAGUUUCUACUACACAAAGCUAUACUAUGACUUGUGCAAUCUGAACAGAGACACGGUUCUAUAGCUGAUAGUACUAUGAACUCUAAAACAGAGGCAUGAACUUCUAGAUCCCAAUCUGGAUUUGAACUGGGAUAAAGAAAUCUUGACACCCCACCAUACCCAUAUUCCAAUUCCUAGUUGGAUCACUGAAGUUUCAGAAAAUGAAA